AGGCGGAGCCCGAGCCGAGCCCGAGCAGCGCUGCUUCCCGAGCCUUGGCCGCGACCGUGCCCGCCGCUGGGCGGGGCCGCCCCUCUCCGAGAGCGUCAGCCCGCUAGGUCCUUGUCCGCGCGGGCGGCACCUCCUGGGCAGGUAAAUGGAAGAGCUGGAGACCAGUUUAUUCCAGACACGGAAAGCACAUAGAAUAGAACAAAUGGUGGCAAGAUGGCUUCGGCGCUCCCGGGACAGCUCGGCCCGGGCUAAAGUUGCUGCAGCUGAUGGGCCCGCCAGGAACCCAACUCAGACCCUCAUCCCUGUGCGACACACAGUAAAGAUAGACAAAGACACCCUCCUCCAGGACUAUGGAUUUCACAUUUCUGAGAGCCUUCCCCUUACAGUGGUGGCUGUCACAGCAGGAGGCUCUGCUCACGGCAAGCUUUUCCCUGGUGAUCAGAUCCUCCAAAUGAACAAUGAGCCUGCUGAAGACCUUUCCUGGGAACGAGCAGUCGAUAUUCUCAGGGAAGCAGAAGAUUCUCUUUCAAUCACAGUUGUUCGCUGCACGUCGGGAGUCCCUAAAUCGUCCUUCCUGACCGAGGAGAAGAGAGCCAGACUGAAGACCAACCCCGUGAAGGUGCACUUUGCUGAAGAAGUGCUCAUCAGUGGACACAGCCAGGGUAAUUCUCUGCUGUGUAUGCCCAACGUGCUCAAGCUAUACUUGGAGAAUGGACAGACCAAAGCUUUCAAGUUUGAGGCAAACACAACCGUGAAGGACAUCAUCCUCACCGUGAAGGAGAAGCUGUCCAUCCGAAGUAUCGAGUACUUUGCACUGGCCCUGGAGGAGCAGUACAGCAUCUCCCGGCUGCACCUGCUGCACGAAGAGGAACUCAUCCAGCAGGUGGUAGAAAGGGAGGAGUCACAUGACUACCGCUGCCUCUUCAGGGUCUGUUUUGUUCCCAAGGACCCCCUGGACCUCCUGAAAGAAGACCCCGUGGCCUUUGAAUACCUCUAUCUGCAGAGCUGCAGCGAUGUGCUCCAGGAGCGCUUUGCUGUAGAAAUGAAAUGUAGCUCUGCACUCCGACUCGCGGCUCUGCACAUCCAGGAACGGAUCUACGCCUGUGCCCAGCCACAGAAGAUCUCUUUAAAGUAUAUAGAGAAAGACUGGGGAAUAGAGAACUUUAUAUCUCCAACUUUACUCCGAAACAUGAAAGGCAAAGACAUCAAGAAAGCCAUUAGCUUCCACAUGAAGAGGAACCAGAAUUUGCUGGAACCCCGACAGAAGCAACUUAUUUCUGCUGCCCAGCUACGUUUAAAUUAUCUACAGAUCCUCGGAGAACUCAAGACAUAUGGUGGAAGAAUCUUUAAUGCUACUUUAAUGUUACAGGAUAGAGAAUCCUACAUUGCCCUUCUAGUUGGAGCCAAGUAUGGGAUUAGCCAGGUUAUCAAUAGCAAACUCAACAUCAUGUCCACAUUGGCAGAGUUUGCAAACAUCAGCCGUGUAGAGCUAACGGAAGAGUCUGAGAAAGUGAGCGUGGUCCAAGUGUAUCUUCAGGACGUCAAGGUUCUGACUUUGCUGCUGGAAUCCAACAGUGCAAAAGACCUAGCCUGCCUGAUUGCUGGGUACUACAGGCUGUUGGUUGACCCAGUUACCUCCAUUUUCCUCUGGCCUGGAAACAAACAAGCGCACCGGGUAUCUGCAGAAGAAGGCUAUGAAUCCAGGGCCUGCAGUGACUCAGAGGAGUCCUCUGAGGUGGACUGCGUACUCGAACCUCUCUCUGACAGGCGCCUGGUGAAACUGGCACCCUGCAGAUCACUCAUAAAGGAGGAGCAGCCUCCUGGGAACAGCCCCACACCUGAGGUGGCUAGGAGGGGCCCCAGCACCUGCGGGGCCAGCAGCACGACAGACAGUGCCGAGUCCGAGGCGUCCGACUCAGCCAACACUGAGAGCCGCGGCGACAGGACCAGUGGCUCGAGUGAGUCCAUGGACGCUCUGGAAGAGGAUGACUUAGACACCUGCUCCUCCAGCAGGUCCACCUUCUUCCACUUUGGCUCGCCAGGCCUCACAGAGAGCAUUGACUCUGACAGCCAGGAGGAGAGAAGCGGGAUUGAAACCAGUGGCUUCCUCUGUCUCCUGGACCUGGCUCAGAGAGCCACCCCCCAGUGCCAGAAGACAGAGUUUUCCGAGAGUGCUGCUUUGGAGACAUUUGGCUGGGCACCAGAACUGAGCACAGUCAGGCUGGACCCCAGGCUGUAUGAAGGCAGCCACGCCGACUACUACAGCCUGUGUUCCAGUGUCUCCCCGGCCAGCUACCUGAGUGACAGUUCCGAGAGUACAGCUUCCCGGCAAGGGGGAGCCCCGCCAGCCUGGGGUCAGCAGGGCUGGACUGAGGCCCAGCCCAGUUCCAUGCUGGAACCUCUGGCCCUGCACCCACCACUGGCCUUUGAGGAUGGCAGCUCAGAUGAGGAAUACUAUGACGCGGCUGAUAAGCUCACUCCCCCAGGCCCCCCGUCAGGGCCCAGAGAUGUUUCUACUGCAGAACCCAGUGCCACAAGCUUGCAGAAUAAGGCCAGCACUUCUAGCCCUGAGAACAGCCUGCCUUGUGGGCCAGAUGGAAGACAGCCAAGCAGGAGGGGAGGGGUGAAGAAAUAUGCCAAGACCCUGAGGAAAAGAAGGUCUUUCCUACAGACCGACUACACCUCUCAGGUCUCAUUUCCCCUGGUGCCAUCAGCCUCCCUGGAGAGUGUAGACGACGUGUGCUACUAUGACAGGGAGCCCUACCUGGCCCUUGGUGCACCCUCCCCAACUGUGUCCUCUCUGCAGGACAUGCAGGGUGAGCCUGGCCUUCUGGAGACCAAGGCCUUGGGGCUGCUGGCUCCUCUGAGGGAGACCAAGAGCACAAACCCAGCCUCCAGGGUCAUGGAGAUGGAGCCCGAGACCAUGGAAACCAAAUCAGUCAUCGACUCUCGAGUGUCUUCUAUUUCUGCCAUUCGCUUCCGGAUUGACCCCAACAAUAAAGAGAAUUCUGGUGUUGUCCCUGUUGCCAGCUCCUCAGCAAGCACUCCUCACUGUUCUAACCCAGGUUCAUCUGGCCCAGAUACUGCUCAGGCAAGGCCUUCCCAAAUCUUACCUCUAUCUCAAGACCUGGAUGGGAUUGCCCCCAAAGAACCAACCAUAGAGCAUGGAGACAGCUCCUUCUCCCUCUCCAGUGGUGACCCUAACCCAGACAGAGCCUGCCUGGCCAGCAACCCAGGACUAAAUAAUGUCUCUCAAGGAGACACACUAGAGCUCCAGUUGGAGCCCCAUGUCCAGUUGGAAAUGGGAUUGGAAUCUUUUUGUACAAAUCAUAUACAAGAAACUGCCCCCAAAUACACAGAGCCUUUGUUGUCUCCUAGAGAUGAGCCUAGAAGUGAUGAAUGUCGAAUAAAUCCAGGAGAGAAGAUAGCUUCUAUCCCUACAAAGGAAGAGCCACAAGGACAACUAUCUCUGGAAAGAGACAGAGAAGUUACAAACAAAAAUGGCACCAACGUAUUUCAGGAGGAAUCCAGGAAGGAUUCAGGUGACUCCCCGGGUGAUGUGUCAAAUAAUGUUUCACAGACUCUUGAUAUUAGCUCUCCAGCUGGUAAAAUAGUAACCUCCCUUUCUUUAGAUGCUCCUGUAACAGGGACUGAGCAGAUCCCACCACAUCCCCCUAGAGACCCUCAAGGACAGAGCAGAGAACCCCCAGGGCAAGGCUGCCAGGCUCAAGAACAAAAACUAUUCGUAGAGUUGGAUUUAGACCCUGAUUUCUUUCUUGGGAAGCAGACAAUUUCACCAGCCGUCCCUCCAGAGGGGAUCAAGGCAGAGGCACCUAACCAUGUGACAGGGGAAGAUAUAGCCCCUAGGGACAGCCCUGAGUGGGUCUGUUUUAAUCCUGAGCCUUCCCUGCCAGAACCACUACCAUGUCCACAAGGGGAUCCUCACUUAGAAACUUCAAACCAUUGCUUACUCUCAGAAGGCAAAAGUGACAGCUCUAGCAUCUGCCUUUCUGCUGAGAAGUCUUUUCUGUGCUUUGCCCCAGAAAGCCAUCCUGAAGUCUCUGCCAGUCUCAGGGUGGCCACAUCUUUGGGUUUUGCAGGCAUGAAUGAGAUGGUGGCUCCCAGGAUAGGGAUGGACCAGUGCAGCUGUCGGUUCUCCUAUGCCACAUGCUUCCGUGGCCCGCAGCCUGAGACAGAGGAAGAAGACAGGGACUUGGAAGCACACCCCACGGCCCCCCUCACCUCACCGCCCUCUGCGGGAAGCCCGGUGGUUCUGCCCUGGAGGCCUGCCCGAGCCCACAGCUGCAGCACCGCACCCCUGUCGAGGAAAAGCCACAUCUGGCCAGAGUACUGCUCCAGGGCACUGAGACAGCUGAAAGCCACCCCUGCCAGCACCCCUGAGGGCUUCAUCCAACUCAUGGAGAGCUUGCUGGAGCUACAAGACAUUUUAGAAACUUCCUGGGGGGUUGGAAAAAAACAUCCCCCAGAGAAGUGCACCUGGCACUUUACCGAAAGCCGGAGCCGCCUCUGCAUGGGCUCCCAGAAGCUCCUGUCGAGCUGUCAGCAUGUGAUCAGAAUGGACCAGUCCCCCGAAGAGAUGCAGGGGGCCGUGCGUGACACCUUCCAGCACCUGGUCCAGCUGGCCGGCCUGUGCUUUCAGUUCACAGACUGUAGCCGCUGCUCCGCCCGGCACAGGGAGGCAGCGGGGAACCUGAGGGAUGUGGUGUACACCUACCAUCAGUUUAUAGAGGCUGCUAAAUCGACCUGCGAGAGAGGCUACCACGACCUGAGUGCGAAACUCCUGGCCCGUCAGUGCACGGCCCUCACGGCCGCCGUGUUCUGUUUGACCCAGAAGUUCCGGGCAUCCACGGCCCUGUAAACAGGUCAACGGCCCAAGGGCCUCCUGCCCUGUCCUGCCUUGGACACUUCCCUGAGAAGCCCCUUCCACUCUCCCACCCACCCUCUUCAAAUGUUUACUAUAUAGAGUAUUCAAAUAAACUGCUGCUUAAUCUUG